UUUUUGUCCACUGUUUCGACUGUGGCAAUUAUGGAAAGAGCGCCAUCACUUGGGUAAAGCAGCAACACUGUCAAGUGAUGACAAUGAAUAGAAAUAUGGACUUGAACCUCUGCUGCAGCACGUAUUCAAUGGACAUUAUUAUUUAUGAUAAAUGGCGGCAGAGAAUAUAAUCACAUUCUCCAUUUCUCUCUCUCUCCGCUUUGAGUGUUGACAUAAAACAGUUGGAACAUACGCUCCAUACACACCCACACCGCUAUUUUUACAACACAAAAUAGCCGCAAAAUAGACAGAAUGUCAAAGGACAAAAAGAAGCCCUUCCGGGUCAUUCUCUGGUGCGUCCCUCGAGCUGUGUCAACGGCGAUAUCAAAAUGUUUCAGCUUUAUUGACAACACUGAGUCUUGGUUAGAACCAUUCUGUGGACUUUAUACACUCGAGACAUCCUGCGCCCCCAUGGGUAUACCUUUGCCACAAAACGAAGGGGAAAUUGAUGAUUUUUUGGAGAAAUUAGAGGCGACAGUCAAAGACACUCCGCUGGAACCAUUCAUGAAGAAGGAGGGUAUAAACCGUUCUAUGCUCCUACUAAGGAAGAUUCAAGAACGCCUCAACUCUGCGCCGGCCGACAAGAACGUCUUCGUAAAGGAUAUUGCUAUUGCUGCCCAAGGACGAUAUGACUACUUCCCAGUUGGUUACCGGCAUACAUUCCUCAUUCGCCACCCGGAGCGGAUGUUCCCCUCCUUCAGGAAGAUGAUCAUCGAUUGGGGUCUAAAGAGCAACUUGAUACCAGAAGCCGCUGCAGAAGAUAUGAUCAAGUACUUCGACUUCACCAGAGAUCUUCCAAACGCCACACCAGGUUUUCCGUACGACUGCCAGUACAACCUCUGGCGACACAUCAAGGAGAACUACGAGGAGCAGCCCGUUGUCAUGGACGUCGACGAGAUGCUGGCCAACCCUGGAAAAAUGCUUCCGAAGUUCUUCGAGGCUGCUGGCAUGCCGUGGGACGAAAAGUACCUUCGUUGGGACCCGUCGCCAGAGGGCGCUUUAGAUUGGCAUUGGGUGUUCAAGAUGGAGAUGGACAAGGUCAGCUUUGGGAACAUCCACAAGGAGGCCGUUACCUCAUCCGAGUUCGGGCCUUCGAAACCUCUUGUACCACGUGAUCAGAUGACUCCGGAUAUUAUAAAGUCUGUAGAUGGGGCGAUUGAAUACUACAAUGAGAUGGCAGCAACUAGGAUUACUAUUUAGACCAAUCGAGACAAUAAGGGUGUAACUUGUUAGAGCAAUGAUAUAAGAUCAGACUAUGACAUUUUUAAUCACGUAGUAGAGUUUUUCAUGCAAUCUACUCAUUCCAGGUCAACAAGAUGGUAUAUUAAGGUUGCCAUUGAAUAUAAAGAUUAGAAAAGGGGUACAAAUAUUGACGAGAUUGUACCCCAAGUCUUCUGAAACAAUUGGGUCUCAUUGUGACUUUGUCGAUCAUAAAAUAUUCUUUAUUCAAUUAGAUAAACAUUUUGUGAUAAAAUUGACAUCAUAAUUAUGCCAAUAAUCAUCAUGAGAAUACGUUUUCAUCGUUGUGAAUUUUAUUAUUUCGCAUAAGCAAUUUUCUUGAAAUAAUUUGCGUUGCCAUUCAUAGGACAGCGUACAUGUAUAUAGAACAUAGAAUAUAUAUGUCAGUCGUAUUUGAGUUCAUUAUAAAUUUGUAUUAUUAUUUAUAGGGUGUAUGUAUACUCCUUCAAAUACUCUUGACUUUAGCAUCUCAUGUAAAGAGACCUAUGUAAAUUUGAUUUUAAUCUGUAAAAAUUGUAACCACAAUUUUAAUAUUAGCUACCGUUAAAAGAAACAGACGAAGAAAUGAGAACGAAUUAAAAAUCGAUUGAAUGAUUUAUGUAUAAUUUUCCUUUUCAUUGUUUCUUUUUUGAUAUCAAUGACUGUAUGUACCAAUAUGUUAGCAAAUAUAUAUUUUUCAAUAUUCAUCAUAUUUCAAUAGAUAUCAGAAGGGCAUUUAAUAUAAUUUCUAUAAAAAGUAGAAGAUUAUUUAUAUCAAAAUGAACAUUCUUCUGUUCAGAUGACAAGAUAAUUAUCAUAUUUUUACAUUAAAAAAAAAAUCAAGAGAAAUUAAUUAAGCGCCUUUCAAUGAGUAUCUAUUGAAAUUUUAGUAGAUUGUUUUCAUUGUGCACAAACACUCACACACGCACGUAAAAGAAAAACAUAUCAAAAUAAAUAGAAAAACGAAAGUAACCGAUACCUGUAUAUUGGCAUUGUGUUUAUUUUCGCCUUUUAACCUGGCAAAUUGAUUUAUUUUGAGAAUACACAUAAAACAUAAUCAUGAUUAAAAAGUACAUGUACUUCCGAUGAAAAUGAGAAACCCAUGCAUGUUUUAAAUGAUUCUCAACUCCCUUAAUAAAUAAUGAUUUCAUCGUAGUGAUUUCAAACCAACUUCAUUUAUGUCUGCCCAAAUUAUAAAAUGUAAUUUAUUUUGCUCUUCGCGGCAAUGUGUAUCAGUAUAUUUUUACGACGUCAAGUGCAUAGCAAUCUGUGUUAAAUUCACACUAGGCGUAUGUUAUGUAAAAAUCUAUAUAGGGCCAGUUACAUGAAUCGACGAAAGGAAUGUUCAACCAAUCAGAACGGCCCAUUGAGGGCUUACAUUUGAUUUUUAGGUAAACGAGAGCCGUGUGCAACUGGUCCCAGAAACCUAUUUCUUAACAUAUUUGGUCUAAUGCUCUGUAUCUCUCUGUGCAAGAGCAAACCACAAAUAUUUAUACCUAAUUAAUCUUUGACAAAGAACCAGUCUAGUCCAUUAAACUGAAAGAAAAUCUGAUAUUGACGCUAUGAACAAACGUCUCUUUGUAUCUUUAUUUUCACUAUUUUUGCCAGAUCAUUAUAACAAAGUAUGUCUUUACAAAUGGUUGCAGACCUAU